AUUCUUUCUCAGGGCCCGUAGUACUCACUGUGAGUCUGCUGUUUGACCACCAAAACAUGAUCAAGAAAAAGCCAAGCUCAGGCAACAGAAGCUUGAGUUCCAACGUGUACAGAUUGAAAAUGAAAAUAUCAUAAUGUUGGAGAGGUUGGCUGAUAUAAUGGCUCCCCGCUCAGGAGGACCCAGCUGGAGUGACUACAAGAAAGGAAAAUGGAGUACAAUAUCAAUGACACAAGAGAAGCUGCCAAAAAUUUCCCAAGAACCAAGGAGUGUAAUGUCCAGAAAACCAAUGCCAAGACAACAGAAGGCAGCAAGGGAUCUUGCCAAAAUUGAGGCAGGAAAUAUUGCCAUUCUAGAAAAGCUGGCUUCAAUAAUGACCCCACGUGUCGGUGGUGCCACAUGGAGCAACUUUGACUUCAAGAGCCUGAGUGCACCUAAAUACGCUACCAGGAUGCCAAAACUUACACCGGCUAGGAAUGUAGCAAAUCAGAGUAGCAACCGCUCAAGGGACUUGAAGAUGAAGGACGUCCCCAUGGGAAAGGAUAGCAUUGAAGCAGCCAAUCUUCUCAUGCUAGAAAGACUAGCUAAGGUAAUGGCUCCUACUCCAGGUGGACCAAGUUGGAAGGACUAUGAAUCAAAAACUUAUGGAGCGAGUCACCGAUCAACAGGGCUUCCUAGCAUUCCCAAGGACAAAGGUGGAAUGAAACAGAAGAGACAGAAAUAUAGCACAAGUGACCAGAAUGAUAAAUGGAAGGAUAUAAACCAAAAGCUUCCUCCUGUUUCCUCAAACCAUAAGAAAAAUGAGAACUGAAAGAUCAC